AUGGGGGUUGGGCACAUUCCACCACCUCAGGCGUACAAGCAGCCUGGACAUCCGCAAGCAGGGCGCAAGCCGCAUGGCCUUUUGCAGACGUUAAAUAAGCUUGAACAGGAAUCGGAGGACAGGGCGUUCGAGCUUAUUCGGCUCAGGACGUUGGUGUUGAAGUUGGAGAAAGAGAAGGAAGAUGCAGCGACAGUAUGCCAGGACCUCAAGCGAGAAAAUGCGGAGCUUCAACAGGAACUUUCAAAAUCCAGCUCAGAGUUGCAACGACUCAAGCGUGAGCACAACGAGUUGCGUUGCCGGCAGUGGCUGGACAAUGCGCAGGGCCUCAGCCACGUCCGCGCCGCCGCCAUGGAGGCAGCGGCUGCGGCCGCUGCUGCCGCCUCCUUCCCUCUACAGCCAGGUGGCCCCAGCGGCGCCGUCGCCCCCUCGACACAUGGACGCAGCGUUGCCGCCGGUGGGGGCUUGAACGCCACCAGCGGCACCACAGAUAUGUUGCUGACGGCGGCGGACGACCCGGGGCCGCCGUCACCGCGGAGCGAAACGCCGCUGACGGCAACUCCACCGGGGCCGCCGGGCAUGGCUGGCGAAAGUCUGUUGCAGCAGCCAGGCGGCCAAUCGCUCAUGGCCAUUGAGGAGUCACGCGAGGGCGAGGAGGGCGAAGAUGGUGGCGUUGGCGGCUCUUCCGAGGCAGCCGCGCCUGUGGCCAUGACGCCACGUAGCAAAUCAAUCGCGUCCGUAUCUGCGCUGCCGACAGGGGCGCAACUUAGCGGGGGUACCAUCGCCACUGUCGCAACUGCCGCCACGGAAGACCGGGUUGCCGGCGAGGGCAAUCCUGCGUUGGCGCGCACCAGCAACAGUACUGGCAGCGCAAACCACGUCCCACGAUGCAACUCGGCGCGUGGGCCGCAGGUAAUGUCGGCUGUCGCGACGACGCCUGUGGGCAUGACGCCUCCUCUGUCGCCGGCAGUCGGCAUCCGGGCAUCAAUGCUGGGCCAUAACAACACCGCGUUCGCGGCCUCGGCAUCAGCGGCGGCGGUCGCAGCAGCGGCAGCAGCAGCGGGCGUGGCGCCCGCGGCAGCGUCGCCGGCGCUGCCGUCUCAGCAGGUCCACCAGCAGAAAGCGGCAGCAGCUGCGACGGUGCUGCUGCAGGAGGAAAACAAGCUGCUGGCGGUGCAGCUCUCAGACUUCAAGGAACGUGUGAUGUACCUCCAGCAGGAACUUGCCGAGGAGAAAAUCAAGCACGACUCUAGCAUAGCGGCGAAGAAGGAGCUGGAGGAACGCCUGGCGGAGAUCACCGCCGCGGCGGCAGGACCGGCGUACCACGGCGGCGGCGGCGGCGGGGCCUCCGCUGGCCGCGGCGGCGGCGGUGGCGGCUGGCGGAACAGUAGCGGCGGCGCCCCAGGCAGCGCCGCGCGUGACCUGCAGCGCAUGCAGAGCCACCAGCAGCACAGUCCUGUACGUGGCGGCGGCGACGGCGGCGAACGGCCCAACGUGCUCAGCCCCAUCACGGAGCAGAGUCUAAGCGCACUGCAGGACCUUAUAGCCAAGCUACGAGAGGACAAGGACACGGCGUUGGUUUCGAAGCAGCGGGAGCUUGACGCGGCGAAGCAACGGCUAGACGCGGCGAACAAGGAAAUCGAAGCGCUGAAGCAGCAGGUUUCGGAGGCCAAUCGGGUUAUUGUGGAGAAGCUGGCUAAGGCGCCAUCGCCAGAAGAUGUUGCGGAGCUGAAGCAGCACAUUGAAAAGCUCAAGCGUCAGCUUCAUAGCAAGAACAAGCAUGCGGAGGAGGCCAAUGCACGUGUAGCUUCCCUAAUGCGGGAGCUGGCCAUGCGGGAUGCAGCGGCAGCGGCGGCGGCAGCAGUGCCGCCGCAGCCUGCGGCGGCGACGGCGACGACGAGGCCGCCGUCGCCGUCACGGCCUUCUACCUCGGACGUCUCAUGCUCGCCAGCGGUCAGCGCAUCGAGCAGCAGCGUCAGCGGGGCGACGCUAGCGGCGGCUUCCGUACAGUUGUCGCUGCCGACGGCGACGGGGGGCCUAACGCCGCGCGGGUCGGUGGCGGAUUUGAGGGCGGUGACACCCACAGAUUCUAAGGCGCAGGAAGCUUCGAGUCCUCCGAUCGUCCAAACCGAAUCCAGCGACGCUCGCGUGGCAUCAGGGCGGUCAGCGACGAUGACGCGUCCAGCAUCUGCGCGACCGGGGUCCGCGCUUUCACCGCCGCUGCCUGCGGCAGCGGCGUCAGGGGCGGCGGCGCAGACGGCAACGCACGGCACCAUGCGGCGGCUCACGUCAGCCUCCGUUUCAUCCGUCGAUGGCCUCCGCGCCGCCGCCGCAGCGGCGGCGGCGGCUGAAAACGCCGCCGUCAAGCUGGCGGCGGCGGAGGCGCGCCUUCGGGAUCAGGAGGUGAGAAUUCGGGAGCUCGAGUCGCAGACGGUGGCAAUGGCAGCGGAGCAGCGGCGAAUCGAGGACGAGGCGGCGGCGGCAGCGGAAAAGGAGCGAGCUGCUCGCGAGGCUAAGGCGGCGGAGGCCUCCGCCGCCGCUUCGGAGCUCCAAAGCCGAUGCGCGGCCUUAUCCCAGCAGGUAGAGCAGGCGACGGUGCGUGUGAUGGAGCAAGAAACAAGGCUUAGCGAAGCGCGUGCGCGGGUCUCAGAACUCGAAUCGGAGCUGGCGGCGCAGCGCGCCGGCGCCGACGCCAAGGCGGCGGAACUGCUACGACAAUUGGAGUUGGAACGACACGAGGUCGCAACGGCGUCGGCGGCGUUGGCGGAGGCGCAAGCUGCCCUGGCGGCGACAUCGCUGGAGCUGCAGCACCGCAACCGCGACCUUGAAGACGCCCGCGCGGAGCUCGGAGAGGUACGACAGCAGCUGGCGGUGGCGCGGGAGGACGCCGCCGCGGCGGCGGCGCGGGCGGCGGAGGAGCUGGCGGAGUCGCGCACGGCGGCGGAAGCCGCUGAAGCGGCCGCCAUGGUGGCGCGUGCAGCGGCGGCGGAAGCGGAGGCAGGCGCAGCCCGCCUUGAGGUUACUCUGGAUGCGGCGCGCGGGGAAUCUGCGGACCUCCGCGGCCGGCUGGAGGCAGCGAUUGCGCGUGCAGGGGAGUUGCAGACGCGCGUCGCGGCGAUGGAGGCGUCGUGCGAGGCGCAGGUGGCGGCGCUAGCGCAGCACGACACGGCCAUUGCGGAGCUGCACGGGCUAAUGCACGACUUGACGGAGCGACUGACGGGCGUUACGGCGGAGCGCGACGGCGCGCGGGAGGAGUUGGCGGUGGCGCGCGAGGCCGCGGCGCUACGGGAGGAGGAGCUGGGGGCGGUACGACGAGACUUGGAGGCGACUCGUGGAGAGCUCGAAGCGCGGUCUGCGGAGUUGGCGGACAAGGCUACUCAGCUGGCAUCCUGUCUCGAGCAGCUGGCCGCCGUAGAGCCCUCCCUGGCCUCCCUGCGCUCCUCCCUGGACUCCACCAAGUCCCGGGCAGCUGACCUGGAGGCCCAGCUGGCCGCCACGUCAUCCCGUGCGGACUGCCUGGCCAAGGACCUGGCCGAGGCCACGGAGCGCGUGUCGGACUUGGCCGGGCAGCUGAGCUCGGCGGAAAGCAGGGCGGCGCAGCUGGGACGGGCUGUGGCGAACAAGGACGAGGAGGUCUGCUCCCUGCAGGUUACCGUGGAUGUGCAGGCAGCUGAGCUGGAAGAGCUGGGUGCUCGUAACGCCCGCAUGCAGGGCCUUAUCAAGGAGAUGGCGGGCCAGAUGGAGGCCCUUCAGUGCAGUCUGUCGCGGCAGACGGGGCUGGUGGCCAAGCUGGAAGCGGCGCUGGUAGCGGCGGGCAUGCAGACGGCGGAGAUCGAGGAGCUGCACAGGAGCCAGUCCAUGGUGUACAGCUACGUCCUUCCGCCGUCCAGUAAGCAGCACCAUAAAUCCGUAAACACCCCCACCGCCAACGUCUUUUUAUGUAGGGAGCGUAUCGAGGACACGCAACGGCAGCUGAGCAGCGCCCGCCUGAAGCUAACGGAGAUGAACAAGGAAGUCAACCGAAUGACGGCUCGUGGAGGUGUGGCGUCGGCAGGGACGUUGCUGGCAUCGGCACGGAGCGAGUUGUCGGCGCUAUUCAAAAAGAUGAAACACGUGGCACAGGCUUAUCGCCUCACAUUGCCGACCAUAGUAGCGAAGCAGCUUCGAACUGACGGCGCAAACUUGACGGAGCUGCAGCUCUUCCAUCUGCUUCAUGCCGUACUGGCGGCGUUGGAAGCCACUGGCGGAGGCAGCGGAGGCGUCGCGUCUUCCGGCAGCACUCCCGUGGCCAGUGUUCACAGUGGCGAGUUGUCACCUGUGCGAGCAGGCCAUCACGGCAGCCGCUACCGUGGCGGGGCCGCCGCCACCGCCGCCGCUGCUGACAGCAUGGGCGUCAGCAGCGGCGGCGGCAGCGGCGGGCCGGCGCCGCUGCCGCCGCCGUCGGCGGCAGGGACGACGCGCAGCAGUGCAGGCGGGUUGCGUAGUAGCGCAGGCGGCGGCGGCGGCGGCGUCAGCCGCGCCUUCACGGACACGGGUUCCAUUCUCUCCAGCCAUAGCCGACGGGCCAGCGUCGCCGGCAGCGUAGUUGAGGAGCUGUGCGGUGACCGGCGCGGCAGCGCAGGCGCCAACGACCCGUACGACAGCUAUGAGUCGCUGCCGGAGCUGCCCGUCGCUGUUAAUCACUCGACUGCCAUCGCCAUGGCCGCGGCCGUAGCCGCCGCCGCGGCCGCCGCCAGCGGGAUACGGAGCCGUGAGGUGAGCCGGCCGCCUAGCGUUCACAGCCGCCCUGGGAGCUCGGCGCUCGGCGGCGGCGGCGGCGGCGGCGGGAGCGCCACUGCUGGCGGACGGCCCGGCAGCGCCGGCGGCGGCGGCGGCGGUCCCCGGCGCUACUCCGACUCGGGCACCCAUGGCGGCAACUCCAGCGGCGGCCUGUCUAGCAUUCCUUCGGUGCCUCACCACUUGCCGCCUCUCGUUGCACGGCCUUCCUCGACGGCCCUUAUAGCCGUCGACUCGAAGUAA